UUGCCUUCGUCCUUUCAUCAACCCCUGGCAAGGCAGCUCUGCCUUUCCAAAAAUGAUGGAGCUAAUAGACGUUCUCCUGCUCCUCUCAGCUUUCCUCUUCCUCCGUUACUGGUGGCGCCGCUGGUCCACCACUGGUGGCGGCCCUAAAAACCUCCCGCCAGGACCACCCGGGUGGCCUCUCGUCGGAAACCUCUUCCAAGUCAUCCUCCAACGCCGUCACUUCAUCUACGUAGUGCGCGAUUUAAGGAAAAAGUAUGGCCCAAUCUUCACCAUGCAAAUGGGCCAACGUACUUUGAUCAUCGUUACUAGCCCCGAUCUUAUCCACGAAGCUCUCGUACAGCGAGGCCCUCUGUUCGCGAGCCGACCAGCUGACUCGCCGAUCCGGCUCAUCUUCAGCAUGGGGAAAUGCGCCAUCAACUCUGCAGAGUACGGCCCUCUCUGGAGGACGCUGCGGCGGAACAUGGUGUCGGAGAUGAUAACGCCGUUGAGGGUCAAGCAGUGUGCUUGGAUAAGGAAAUGGGCGGUGGAGGCUCACAUGGGGAGGAUGGAAGCUGAAGCCCGUGAAAACGGGUUCGUCGAGGUGUUGAGCAACUGUAGACUAACGAUUUGUAGCAUUCUCAUAUGUCUCUGCUUCGGAGCCAAAAUCACUGAGAAACGAAUCAGAAGAAUAGAAAGCAUUUUGAAAGACGUUAUGAUCAUCACCCUUCCGAAGCUUCCAGAUUUUUUACCGGUUCUAACUCCCCUGUUUACUCGUGAAGUGAAAGAAGCGAAAAAGCUCAGGAAAACGCAAGUGGAUCUUAUAGCCCCACUGAUAAGAAGCAGAAAAGUUUACGUAGAGAGCAACGGGGAGAUUAACGAGAAUUCUGAGAUGGUGAGUCCGAUCGGCGCUGCUUACGUGGACUCGCUCUUCGGGUUGGAUGUUCCUAGUCGAGGCAGGCUCGGAGAGGAGGAGCUGGUGACGUUAGUGUCGGAGGUUAUCAGCGCCGGGACGGACACAAGCGCGACGGCUUUGGAAUGGGCUCUGUUCCAUUUGGUGACGGACCAGGGGAUUCAGGAGAAACUGUACAAGGAGAUCGUGGACUGUGUGGGGAAAAACGGUGUCGUUAUGGAGAGUGACGUGGAGAAAAUGCCGUAUAUCACCGCACUGGUGAAGGAGACAUUCCGGCGACACCCACCCAGCCAUUUCGUGCUGUCGCACGCAGCAACCACUGAGACGGAGCUCGGAGGGUACACGAUACCAGCAGACGCCAGCGUGGAGUUUUACACGGCGUGGUUGACGGAGGAUCCGAGUAUGUGGGACAAUCCGGAUGAGUUCCGACCGGAGAGAUUCUUAGCCGGUGACGGGGUGGACGUGGACAUAACAGGGACGAAAGGGGUGAAGAUGAUGCCUUUCGGAAUCGGACGGAGGAUUUGUCCGGCAUGGACGCUGGGGACGCUGCAUAUAAGCUUACUGCUGGCAAGGAUGGUGCAUACUUUCAAGUGGCUGCCGGCUCCGAAUUUCCCACCCGACCCGACAGAAACUUUUGCUUUCACGGUCGUGAUGAAGAACCCCCUCAAAGCUGUUAUAGUGCCCAGGUCAAUUUAGAGAUAAAUCAUAAAUGGGGUGUGCCUCGGUCAAUUUAUUAUUCAAAAGUCUUCUGAUCUGAUCACGAGUCUCAAUGGAACAAGUAACUUUUUUUACAAAAAAAAAAAAACAAAGACGAUUAAUUCCUUCAUUCGGCAAAAGGGAACGAGAGGUUCAGAGCGAAUGGACGACGAUCCAAGGAAGUGGGACGCCCACUGAUCGGAGGGCUUAUUGCUGUCUAUAAAUGUGGGUCAGGGUCCCUGCGUGUUUAACGUUUAGCAUAGAUAUAUAGAGAAAUUCAAUUCUUGGCUACUCCAUGAGCACCAUCUCGUUUAUCCUCUAUCCAAUUCAAACACUUCAUGUCAAUAUAUUUAUUUGGGUUAA